AGAAUUCCUGACAGCGGCACCAUGGACAAGGAGCGAAAGGCUGCGAAAGCCGCGGGAUCUCGCGCAACAGCCGCCACAACGUCCGCCGCGCCUGCGAGCAACAUCCGACCAGAGAUGUACCAGUGGCUAGUCCAUGAAUCCCAGAAACACCAGGCCAACCUGAAGAAACACACUCCCGCCGUGGCCGCAGGAACCCCACCGGCGAAUCUCACCGGGCUCCAGAUGCUCGGUAUGCCCCAUCUACACAACCAUGCGGCCACGAACGUACUGCAAAUGCAGCAAAUCAAUCAAAUGUUGCCGCUCAUGUCAACAUACCCUGGAUUCCUCGGUUUUGGGAACCUCAACCAACCCAACGGAGCGGCCAAUACCUCAGUCCCGCCCACUGCAGUUGCUGCUGCGGCUGCCGCUGCAGCUGCUUCAACCAACCCCCUCAACCUGUUCAGCAUGACGGUACCGCCCAAGUCUACGGACAUGUCGAAUGGUUCGUCAGAAGACGCCGCCGCGUUGCAUCUGCUGCACCAAGGUCCGUCUUCCAAGAAAAAACCUCGCACCAGCUCGGACGUCAAGUCGGAUCUGGACGGGAGCUACGACAACAACAGCAACGACAUGUCGUUGUCGUCAAAUCCACUACGGAAGCGGCGCCUCGAACGGAAUCGCGAGUCGGCGCGAGAAUGCCGCCGGCGAAAGCGGGACCACAUUCUGGGCGUUGAAGAGCGAUGCAAAGCGCUGGAAAAGGAGAACAUGGAGCUUCGGUCGCAGUUAAAGGCGGGGAAGGAAGCAAUGAAGCAGGAGGAAGAUGAAAAGUAUCAGAUCUGCCACGAGUUGGAGCGAAUGAUCAAAGACGGUGCGAGCGAGCAGGACCUGGCGGCCAAGAUCGACAACUUCAAGGAGCAAUACUCGGACUAUGGACAAGCAAGGCGUUCGGCGCUGAGCUACCACUUGCAUCAACUCGAACGGCUGCUGAUGCCGACGCAAGUGACGAAGAUGUGCAUCUGGGCCCUCAAGCAAGACGAUGCGUUCUGGGAAGAUGGCGAAGACGAAACGAGUCUCCUGUCGAUCCUUACGCAUGAUUUGGGGCUUACGGAGGAACAGCGAAAGAAUAUUCAAUCCCACCGAGGAGCCAUCGUCAAGAUUUGCGACAACUUGCGACUUGCUCUCAAGCUCCUGAACGAACUCAAGCGAGACGUCGAAGCGAAAAACAUCACGCUCGACACCGAGAUGGACCAACUCCAGAACAUCCUGACGCCGACCCAGCGCGCCAAGUUCAUCGUGUGGGUCACGAACAACCCCGCGUGCAUGCACCUGCUCAACAAGCUCUGGACCAAUGUCUUAUAAUCACAUACUACACUCCCCAUAUAUAUAUAUAUUCGCGUGCUCCA